GGAGAGCGCGAGGGGAUGGCCAAUGCUCCGAUAUUGAGAAUGGAGCAGUGCUGAGGCACGCAUACAGACAGAGAGAGACGGAGGGAGCGUGCAUCAACAGGAGGAGUCAAGAGGAGAGAUCGGCCCGGUAACUGAGAGGGACAAAAAAGUGCUUUAGACUGCGGGAGAAGGAAAAAAGUAAGAGAGGAGCGAGGAGAGGGAACCAGCAGUGGCUGUACUACCAAGGAGGCAUCAGCUAGUCCAGAACUGUCAUUUAAAAACAGGCAGACUUCGAGAGGCAAUCCCACCCCCUCGCAAAGAGAAGACUCCCUCCGGGCCAUGGCCCCUUGGCUCUUUUUGUUCAUCUGCUUUGUGGGACAUGGAGGCCUCGCCAUGUUCUCGCAACAGCCCCAGGACCUGGUGGUGGUAGCUGGCCAGCCAGUCACCCUGCCUUGCUCCAUCCCUGGGUACCAUGGCGUCGUGCUCUGGAUCAAGGACGGGCUGGCUCUGGGCGUCGGCCGAGACCUCUCAGGCUACCCCCGUUACUCGGUGAUCGGAGACCACGGAUCUGGAGAGCACCACCUCCGCAUCCAGCGGGUGGAGCUGAUGGAUGACGCGGUCUUCGAGUGCCAAGCCAUACAAGCCGCCAUGAGGUCGAGGCCCGCUCGUCUCACUGUGCUCGUUCCUCCUGAGGAUCCGGUGAUAAGCGGCGGCCCUGUGGUGAGCCUGCGUGCGGGCGAUCCGCUUAACCUGACUUGCCACGCCGACAACGCCAAACCCUCGGCCUCCAUCAUCUGGAUCCGCAACGGGGAGGUCCUUAACGGGGCCAUGUACUCCAAGGUAGGAACCCAGACUCUUCGGGACGGGCGGAGGGAGAGCACUGUCAGCACCCUCUACAUAUCCGCCGCCAACAUCGAGAGUGGCCAGCAGAUCAUCUGCAGGGCCUCCAACAAGGCGGUCCCCAACGGCAAGGAGACCAGUGUCACCAUCGACAUCCAGCACCUGCCUUUGGUGAAUCUCACUGUGGAGCCUCAGCCCAUCCUGGAAGGGAACGUGGUCAAGUUUCACUGCGCCGCCAAGGCCAACCCACCAGUGACGCAGUACAGGUGGGCUAAGGGUGGCAGCGUGAUCAAGGAAGUUACCGGAGACAUCUAUGAGGUCAUCGUGGACCACACGUUCUUUACUGAGCCCGUCUCCUGCGAGGUCACCAACCCACUGGGCAUCACCAAUGUCAGCAGAUGUGUGGACGUCUACUUUGGGCCACGCUUGGCUGCUGAGCCGCAGUCACUGCAGGUGGACCUGGGUUCGGAUGCAAUUUUCAACUGCGCCUGGACUGGCAACCCUUCGCUGACCAUCGUGUGGAUGAAGCGAGGCUCUGGAGUGGUGCUGAGCAAUGAGAACAUCCUGACCCUCAAGGCCGUAAGACAAGAGGAUGCUGGGAAAUACGUGUGCCGCGCUGUGGUCGCUCGGGUGGGCGCUGGGGAGAAGGAGGUUUCACUCACGGUAAAUGGACCACCCACCAUCUCCAGCACGCAGACGCAGCAGGCCCUACAUGGAGAGAAGGGCCAGAUCAAGUGCUUCAUCCGCAGCACACCCCCUCCAGACCGCAUCGCGUGGUCCUGGAAGGAGACCGUCUUGGAGUCGGGAACGUCGGGCCGCUACACGGUGGAGACGGUGAACACGGAGGAGGGUGUUAUCUCCACCCUCACCAUGAGCAACAUCGUGCCGGCCGACUUCCAGACCAUCUACAACUGCACGGCCUGGAACAGCUUCGGCUCUGACACGGAGAUCAUCCGCCUCAAAGAACAAGAAUCCAUUCCGGUGGCUGUCAUCAUUGGUGUGGCCGUGGGAGCAUUUGUCGCCUUCAUCGUGCUACUGGGCACCAUCGGAGCAUUCUGCUGCACCCGUUCCCAGCGCAAAGACGCUCACCUGGUUAUGUCCUCUGUGCCCGUCUCCAUCUGUGCUCACCAGAGAGAACAUUCCAGCAAAAAUAAUACAGAAAAUCUUAAGGGAGUGGUAUCAGCCAAGAACGACAUCCGCGUGGAGAUCGUUCACAAGGAGCAGAACACGGCCCGGGAGAAUGAGGAGCACGCCACUAUCAAGCAGCUCAUGAUCGAACGCGGAGAGUUCCAGCAGGAGUCGGUGCUGAAACAGCUGGAGGUGCUACCAGAGGAAGAGAAGGAGUACCAGCACAUCAAGGACCCGACGAAUGGCUACUACAGCGUAAACACCUUCAAGGAGCACCACUCUACCCCCACCAUCACCCUGGCGGGGAACCAGACCACUGAGAUGCGGAAUGUCAACAGCGCUACCACGGGAAAGCAGAGGGUACCCACUGGAAUGUCCUUCACCAACAUCUACUCCACACUGGGUGCUGGUCCCAACCGUCUCUAUGAUUACAGCCAGCGGUUCGUCCUGGGUGUGGGAAGCAGCUCCAUCGAGUUGUGCGAGCGGGAAUUCCAGAGGGGCUCACUCAGCGACUCCAGUUCCUUUCUGGACACGCAGUGUGACAGUGGCAUCAGCAGUUACUGCAAGCAGGACAGCUACGUGCAGUUUGACAAGGAUAGCAAGACCUCAGCCUCCUCAUCCUCACACUACUCGCAGUCCUCCUCCCAGAACUCCGACCUCACGCGGGCCGCUGCAGAAACGCAUGCAGACCCACGUGUAGCCCCCACCUCCACCCCAGGACAGCAGGUGGCGACAGAGGGCCGUAAGACCAGGAAGAAAUUCCUGUAGGCUGGACAGUGGGGCCCACACCCAAGCACAGUUCAUAAGCCUGUGUGUGCCUGUGGGCUCGGAGCCAUUCAGUUAAUAAUUUGGGCAUCUUCGAAUAUUUUUCUGCUGCAGCGCACUUGAUGAGGCCAUCUUUGGCGUGGUGACGGACCACAUGAAUGCUUACAUUCCAUGACAAUGUGAUUCUGUGACAGAUAAUCGACACAAUUCACAUGGCUAACCCGACGGUGGAGUUGGUUGGUUUGUCAAACAAAAAGAAAACCUUGUUGCUCUCUGCAACAGAAUAUCAUGGUUUCACUGAAUCCUAAAAGUAUGACAAUCGAGAGAUAAUGUCUAGCGAGAUGAAAUCACUCAGUAUUAUGGUCUGUCUGUAUUUAUUCCAGCUCUCAAACCUCUCCAUUGUACCUUGUAAAAGAGUCUAUCUCUCUUGAAUAUCUAAGCACAAAAGUGUUUGUGAAUUUGUCGAUACAUCUCAUUUUGCCAGAAAGGAGACUUCUGGUUUGACUCGCCGGAGUGGGCAGAAUCAAACCGCGAAUGUUCGCCACGCAAACCUUGCCUAGAGACUUUCCAAAUGAAUAAAUAACAGUUCUCUGUUUUCACGGUUCCAAUUCUCAGAGUCCCUGAGAUAAGGACGAGGGAGAUUUCCGCCGGAAAAAUAAAGCACUGUUUUGCAGUUGCCACUCGGAGAUAAAGAAACUUCCGUAUGCAUCCCUCGUCUCUUUUCCUAUUCAAUUCACUCUUCUUUUAUUUUUAUUUGCCUUUUUUUUUUAGAAUUUUACCAGAAAAUUAUAUGACAUUUUGCUGUGUGUGUUUUUUUUUUUCUUUUUGCCUUGAGUUUGGGACUAUUCACAUGCAAUUCUCAAGGUGCAGUAAUGGACAAGGGGUGCGAGUGGGGAGUUUGUGGAUACCCCCCGCCCCCCUACAGUAAAAAGAUGCAACCCACCCACGCGGCAUGUUACACCUCAGCACGGAGUUCUUCCGGGAGCAGGUGGCGCCGUAGAGUCAGACCUCUGGUAGAACUAUCGUGUGUAUUUACCCAUGGAAUGUGAAGUCUGUUUUAAACUCCUGUGGGUCAUUAGAUGUGUCUGCAGCGUACCCGUGUUAGCGAACCUUCAUGUCACGUGGCUUCCCUCAUGUAUAGUCAGCCAUGUUGUUUACACUGGAGUUUCUGUAAAUCCAGCAUUUUUACCUACUGUGAUGAAUGGAAGAAUGGAUGGAAAUACGUGUAUAUAUCUAUAUAUAUGUGUGUUUUUUUUUCCACUGUUCUGCCUCCUGCUCACAAAGCUGUCUUGGGAAUGUGUUCACUGAGCCACAAACUACCAUGUGGCUGUGUAACACAAGCUAAAGUGUGACAAUUAACCUUCAGUGUUAUGUUGGGUUUUGGGUUCGCUUUCGCAAAAACCACAGAGACAAAAGACAGACGCAAGCUGGCACCGGCGACUGGAUGCGCGCACAGAACUGGAAACGCGUAGCAGGUUUGGGAGAAACCUUGCGAUGCACCUUAACCGAUCCGACACGAUAAACAGAGGCAGAGAUUUCAG